GCCUGGCAUGAUUUGAAUGCCUGCGGUCUCUGAGUCCUUAUUUUGCACCUUCCCUUGUGUCGCACUCGCGCCAUUUAAACGCUACGAGCUCGCUCGCUAGCUAUAAACGACGACGACGCCGGCUGCUGCUCAAUCAGUUCAGUGAUAGAGAGGCAGCGCUUUGCCAAGCAUGGCAGUGGUUGUGGCGGGCAGCAGGGUGAGAGCGGAGCAGGCGAGGCUGCAGUGGCAGGAGCAGGAGCCGAGGAGCCCCGACAUGGCGCCGCCGCUGAGGCCGCCGCGACCGCGGCCGGCGAGGGCGACCGUCGUGUACUACCUGUCGAGGAAAGGGCACCUUGAGCACCCGCACUUUAUGGAGGUCGCGCUCUCCUGCCCCGACGGCCUCUACCUCCGAGAUGUGGUCGACCGGCUCGACGCGCUGAGAGGGAAGGGAAUGGCGCGCAUGUACUCGUGGGCGUCCAAGAGGAGCUACCGGAACGGGUUCGUGUGGCACGACCUGGCGGACGACGACUACAUCCACCCGGUGUUCGACCGGGAGUACGUGCUCAAGGGCACCGAGCGCCUGCAUCCCGUGCAGCUCCCGCUUCUCGACGCGGCCGUCGCGUCCUCGUCGACGUCCUCCGGCUCGCAGGAAACGGCCACCUCAUCGUCCUCGGCCAGGUGGGACCACGGCAGGCCGGCGCACCGGAAGAAGAACGCCAGCGCGCGCGGCCCAGCGGAGCUUGGCGAGUACAUGGUGUACAAAGGCGAGGAGCGCGCCGCGGACGCCGCGACGCAGACCGAGGACGGCGGCCGCGGCCACCAAAGGCGCGUCCAGGCCGCGGUAGCGCAGGACGUGCUGAGCAGGGCGGAGACGUCGCCGCCGGCGGCGUCGACGAGCCCCGAGACGCUCGAGGCGCUGAUCAAGGCGGACAGUCGCGUCGUGGCGGCCGUCAGCGGCAGCGGCAGGGCCAGAGCCUCUACCGUGCUCAUGCAGCUGAUCUCGUGCGGGUCCGUGUCCGUCAAGGGCGCGCACGCCUCUCUGGUGAUGCCGCGCGCGCAUCACCGCUCGCGUCCACCCCGCCCGCAAGCGUCCGCGGCCGUCGCGGCCGCGGAUAUACAAGCCUACCGCGGAAAGAUCGUCGAGGACAAGUACUUCAGCGGGAGCAUCGUCGAGACGGCAAAGCGCUCGCCUGCCGACGACGCGUCCCAGAACCUGGCCGUUCUCCGGCGGUCGUCGUCGUACAACGCGGACAGGGUGAUAAAGCAGCUGGUAAAGGAGGCCGGGGACCUGCAUGACCUUGACAGGUGGUGCAUCCCGCGGAAGCCCAAGAGCAAGAAAGGCGCCGGCUCCCUGGUGAUCUCGUGCAACUCGCAAGGGAAUAAUAACAAGGGAUGAGGACAUUUUCGUUGGCAUAUGAACGUCACCCUGAACUCUUGUCAUGUGGAGGAUGUGGCGAGCUGGCCAAUGGCGCCUACGUAUCUUCUGGUCUUCUCGUGUACGGAGCAGUGGAUGGAUAUAUGUCCAGUUUGCUGUCGUCUGCUUGUGAGAUGCCUGUGAUUUCCAUGUGUGCCCUGUCAAUAUGUGACCUGCUGCCUCGUUGUUUGAACUUUUACUUUUUAGUAACCUGAUUAUGUUAUGCUAAUCGAUUUUAGUUCGUCGUGUUUACUUAUCAUAGAUGUGUUGAAUUCAAGCCAUACUGGCAUGCUGCUGCUUCUACGUUC